AGCCGCCUCCUCCUCCGCGGCAGUGGCAGCAGCAGCGCGGCAUGGCCGCCGCUCCCCGCCGCCUCCUCCUCCUCCUCCUCCUCCUCCUCCUCCUCCGCGCCGCCGCCCCCCUCGGCGAUAAGGACAGYAGUGAGGCAGCAGAUGGAGCUGGUACCUGGGAUGAAGAAGUCACCAAGUGGUGGGGGGAGUGGAGCUCUUGGUCCACGUGCUCSCGGUCCUGCGGAGGGGGUGUGAUGUCCCGGGAGAGGCACUGCUUGCAGCAGAGGCUCCAGAUGCCCCAGGGAACAAACAGCACMGUGUGUGUUGGUCAAGCCAAGUACUACCAACUGUGCCAGCAGCAGCCCUGCCCAGCCAACACAGCGAGCUUCAAGCAGCAGCAGUGCUCCAGUUUCAAUGGCAAAGCCUUUGGGAAGCGCUACUACCACUGGAUGCCCCUCUAUCCAGAUGACUACACCAGCAUCUCCAACAAGCCGUGUGACCUGCAGUGCACCACCCGCAGUGGGGAGAGGCAGCUGAUGGCCCGAGCACAGGACGGCACCUCCUGCAAGGACAGGACCUAUCAGGGGGUCUGCAUCAGUGGCAAGUGUGAGCCAGUUGGGUGUGACGGGAGCCUGUACUCGGCCCGGACCAUGGACAGAUGCAGGGUGUGUGGAGGGGACGGCAGCACUUGCCACCGUGUCUCGGGCAGCUUCCGAAAGGCAAUCUCACAGAUAGGUUACGUGUUCAUCACCAACAUCCCUGCUGGUGCUAUGGACAUCCUCAUCAUUGAGCGCAGGAAAACAGAAAACAUCCUGGCACUUGCAGAUGAAUCCGGGCAUUUCUUCUUCAACGGCAACUCGGCCAUUGACAACCCCCAGAACUUCAGAGUCGCUGGCACCAUCUUCAAGUACCGGCGGCCCUCGAGCCUGACCUCGGAUGGGCUGGAGUACAUCAUAGCUCACGGGCCCACGAACCAGUCUCUGAAUGCCAUGUACUACAACUUCAACGGGAAGAUGCCUCACAUCACCUACGACUACACCGUGCCACGGCCGCCGCCUCUGCGAACUGCAGCCCCUGCCCUCGCCAGACCUCUGUACCAGCACCUGCCAGAGACCAACCAGAGCCACCCCGUGCCAGCCAGCUCCAGRGCUGCCCAGGACUUCAAUGCCACCUGGCUCUCCCUGGCACCAGAUGACACCAGCGACCAGCUCCCUCUAAGAGAAGGGCAAGAAGAUUUAGACUUUGGUCCCCCGCACUUCUUCCAGACCAACUCCACUGGUCAGAGCCGGGAUUGGGGCUGGGAACAAGGUGAAGAGAAGGASAAGUAUGACUUUCAGAUCAGACAGGUCUACCAGGCAAACACAGCAGGAGAGGAAGAGGAGGAGGAAGCAGCAGCGGUUGGUGGAGAAACAGAAUUGGCUCUCAGGUUCAACCAAAUCUCCAUCAGCACAGCAGUGCCCUACAGCAUGCGGAGAGCCGAGCUGCCAGAGAAUGGCCGUGUGACCAGCUCCAGGCUCCGUCUGUUCCGGCGCCUGUGUCACCGUGACCCUGGCAAUGCYGCCUUCUGCAGGGAGCUGCAGCCCCUGGCAGCCCSGCUGGCCCCUGGCAACUCCUCGGCCGGGCUCUGGGCCGGGCUAGCUGCCMGCUGGCCACAGGGCCUCCACAAAGCACCCGCCCGCAAGAACUCACUGCAGGACAUCGAGGGGGAGGCGCUGGCCGGGGGUCAGGGGGACACAGCCAACAACAGCUCGGUGGUGUCUGCGGAGAGCCCUGUGCUUGGGGCCAGCCCCACUGCAGACAUCAGCCAGGCAGAGCCCCUGCGAGCCCCUGGCACUGAAAGCAACGAGUUCGAUGUGAGCCCUGUGGGCCACGAUGACAUCAGCCUGGCUGACAUGUACCGGUGGAAAGUCUCAGCUUAUGCCCCCUGCAGCUCCACCUGCACUUCAGGUAUCAGCACCUCCUACGCAAUGUGUGUGCGCUACGAUGGUGUGGAAGUGGACGAGUCCUACUGCGAUGCCCUGACCCGGCCAGAGCCCACGCACGAAUUUUGCACAGGGAGAGACUGCCAGCCGAGGUGGGAGACCAGCCGGUGGAGCGAGUGUUCCCGCACGUGCGGCGAGGGCGUGCAGUACCGCACCGUGCGCUGCUGGAAGAUGCUGGCGCCCGGCUUCGACAGCUCUGUCUACGACGACCUCUGCGAGGCAGCGGGGCUGGCCAGACCCAUGGAGAGGAAAGCCUGCAAGAACAAGGCCUGUGGGCCCCAGUGGGAGCUGUCUGAGUGGUCUGAGUGCUCGGCACGGUGUGGCUCUCCAGGGACCAUGAAGCGGGAGGUGCGCUGCUCCGUGGAAGCCGCCGCGUGUGACGAGUCCCGCAAGCCCAGCAGCGAGAAACCAUGCACGGGCCCCCCCUGUGACCGCCGCUGGACUGCCUCCGACUGGGGCCCCUGCUCAGGUUCGUGUGGCGAGGGGCGCAUGAGCCGCUUUGUCGCCUGCCGCAACCUGGAGGGCAAGGUGAUCUCCAGCUCGCAGUGUGACCCGGCCACCAAGCCCCUGGCUGUCCACCCGUGUGGAGACAAGAACUGCCCCGCGCACUGGGUGGAGCAGGAGUGGGACCAGUGCGAUGCCAGCUGCGGGCGAGGGACCAAGAGCCGGCUGGUGCUGUGUGCGGGGCUGGAGAAUGGGCUGUACCGCGAGUACCCCGAGCAGCGCUGCGAGGCCGCCCCCAAGCCUGAGCAACACGCUGCCUGCUUUAGGAGGCCGUGCUCCACCUGGUUCACCACCUCCUGGUCCCAGUGCAGCAAAACAUGUGGUGCUGGUGUGCGCCUGCGGGAGGUGAAGUGCUACCAGGGGGAAGCGCUGGCUCAGGGCUGUGACCCUGCUGCCAAACCAGAGGCCAGGCAGAUGUGCCAGCUCCAGCCCUGCCCCACAGAGGCACCAGAAGACGCCUGUGAAGACAAAGCGACAGCCAACUGCGUGCUGGUGCUGAAGGUGAAGCUGUGCUCCCACUGGUACUACAGGAAGGCCUGCUGCUGGUCCUGUCGGCUCAAAUCGCCCUGAGCGCUGCCAGGCCCUACUUCCCUUCCAAGUCUGGGGGCAGCAGCCCCCUGGAGCCAGACUUUCCACUGGGAGCCACCCCACCUGGCUUGGCUGUGGAGCCAGUCCCUGUAGAGCAGCCUGAUCAGCRAGGAAGGAUUCCUGCGACGUAGUCAUCACUGCUCCCUCUCCACCAAGAGGGUUUUACAUAAGACAAACCAUCAGUGCCUAGAAAGCUACUGAGAAGUGAGUUGGGAGAGACUGUCCCUGCUGUCACCAUCUCUGAGGGCACUGGCCAGAGGCAGCGGGGUGCCCAGGCCAGCCUGUGACAGGGCACGGAUGGCAGUGUCCCUCUGCUCUGUCCUGCAGGCUUCCUACUACAAGGGCAACUGCCAAAGCACCAAAAAUUGUGUCACAAUAAAGAG